AAUCCAACUUAAAGAACAAUGUAAUCUAUGCCCUAUUGACAAAGCAACAAACAAACACAGUACAGGUGUUGCGGACCGAAGCUGAUUAAAUCGUGCUCGUCAUUUGAAUUGUACUUGAAGUUGGAAGAGGCGCAAAUCUAGAUCUAAGUAACUUUGCACAUUCACGAGUUACUACCCCCCAAUUAAGCAAAGAAUAAUAACGAUCAGACGCUCUCUUUCUAAAAGCUGGCGCCCGGUGAAUCUUGGUCACCUUUACCUUGUUUUCCUCUACGAGAGAUUGUCACGCUGUCAUGGGUUCUCUUCCCCAUAACCCCAACUCCACUUCCAUGAACAUGCCUUGUGUCUCGAGACACCAUGUUACCCGUGAAUUUUAAGUUAAAUAUAAUUAACCGCAUCACUCUCCUCAUCUUCUUGCUAAUAAACAAAUCUUAAGGCUUGGGUCACCGUUGCCAUCAUCAUCAUCAUCCAUAUUAUUCCAUUUUCUCCCCGGCCCUCUCAUGGCCCCAGCUGUUGUUCUUGGAUCCGGAGAUUCUGGGCCUGCUUUUGUACUACCCCCCCAUAUAAAAUCUCCUUAGCACGCACCGCAUUGUGAACUAUACACAAGCUCAUGUCGUCUCUCCCUCCUCCUCCACCCUUCUACGCUUAAUUAAGGCGACCACCUCGCCAGCUCUCGGAGAAAGGGAUGCCUAUGAAACAGGUCACACGGGCAAUAAUAGCCCUCUUCUACCUCCUCCUCCUCCUCUCGUUUCCUAUUGCUCUCCUCGCCGUAAACCCACAAGGCGAGGCUCUGCUCGCAUGGAAGCGGACCUUCAACGGGUCGGUCCAGGCGGUAUCCGACUGGGACGGGUCCGACCCGACUCCUUGCCGGUGGUUCGGAGUCAAGUGCGACGCCAGAAGCGACAUUGUGGAGCUCAGCUUGGAGCACGUCGAUCUUUUUGGUCGGAUGCCGACCAACUUGAGCGCGCUCGGGUCCUCGCUCACGAGCCUAGUACUCACCGGGACGAAUCUGUCUGGUCCGAUACCGCCCCAGCUGGGGUCGGACCUUCCCCUACUGAACCUGCUCGAUUUGAGCAACAAUGAGCUCACCGGGGAAAUACCAGGGGGGUUGUUUCGCCCGGGAAGCAAACUGGAGAGGCUGCACCUGAACUCGAACAUGCUCGAAGGUGAGAUUCCCGUCACCAUCGGCAAUCUUACCGCGCUCAGGUGGCUGAUUCUGUACGACAAUCAGCUCGCCGGGAGAAUCCCGGGCAGCAUUGGACGGCUUAGCGGCCUACAAGUGUUUCGCGGCGGAGGCAACAAGAAUUUACAGGGAGAGUUGCCGCGGGAGAUCGGAAACUGUUCGAGCCUGGAGAUGAUCGGUCUCGCUGAGACCAGCAUCUCUGGCUCGCUGCCCGGAUCGCUGGGACAACUUAAGAAGCUGGAUACACUCGCGAUUUAUACUGCCCUCAUCUCGGGCGCGAUACCGCCUGAGCUCGGACGGUGUACUAACUUGCAGAAUGUUUAUCUCUAUGAGAAUUCGAUCACCGGUUCGAUUCCUCGCCAGCUCGGCGAUCUCGCGAAGCUGCGGGAUCUGCUGCUCUGGCAGAACAAUUUAGUUGGAGCCAUUCCAGCGAGCCUCGGAAACUGCAGCGAGCUCGCCGUGAUUGAUCUCUCGAUGAACGGGCUCAACGGCCAGAUCCCGUCCUCCCUUGGUAACCUCACCGCUCUCCAGGAGCUUCAGCUUAGCGUGAACCAGGUCUCCGGUCAGAUUCCCGCCGAAAUUUCGAACUGCCGUACCUCACCGAUCUUAAGAGCUUACAAUAAACCAGUCUCAGCACGAUUCUGUGAUCUCGUGCAAGCUCAUCGAAUCUCGAAUGCGCUGAUAGGGAGAAUCCCGGCGGAGAUCGGGCGGUGCACGAAUCUUGAAGCGGUUGAUCUGUCUCAAAACUCGCUCACCGGAUCGAUUCCUAAAGAGAUUUUUACCCUCCCGAAGCUCGCCAAGCUGCUGCUGCUUAAUAAUGAUUUGUCCGGUCCGAUUCCGGCGGAGAUCGGGAAUUGUUCGGGUUUGAUUCGGUUCCGAGCGAAUCUGAACAGAAUCGCGGGCAAAAUUCCGUCUGAGAUUGGGAAUCUGAGGAAUCUCAGCUUCCUCGACCUCGGAUCCAACAGAAUCUCCGGAGAGAUCCCACCGGAGAUCGCCGGAUGCAGGAAUCUCACCUUCGUCGAUCUCCACUCCAAUCAGAUCUCCGGCGUGCUCCCCGAUGGAAUCUUCGAGGGCUUGGUCAUGCUCCAGUACCUCGAUUUGUCAAACAACUCGAUCAUUGGAGGAUUGCCUUCUGAUCUAGGGCUGCUUACCUCAAUGACGAAGCUGAUCCUCGGAGGGAACCAGUUCUCCGGCGAGAUUCCGUACGAGAUCGGAUCUUGUUCGAGGCUUCAGUUCUUAGAUCUGAGCAAGAAUUCUCUCUCCGGCGAGAUCCCGGCGAGCUUGGGGAAGAUUCCCGCGCUAGAGAUCGGGCUGAAUCUUAGCCUAAACGAUCUGACCGGUCCGAUCCCGGUUCAGUUCGCCGGUUUGGUUCGACUAGCAAUGAUGGACCUCUCUCACAACAAUCUCUCCGGUGAUCUCCACUCUCUGUCCAGCCUCCAAAAUCUCGUAUCGCUCAACAUCUCGUACAACAACUUCUCGGGGAGGGUUCCUAGCACUUCCUUCUUCUCGAAGCUUCCGACAGCCAAUCUUGAGGCGAAUCCUUCACUCUGCCUCGCUCAGUGCGCUUCCGUCGAUAAAAUCGGCAAUAAAUCGCCGGUCGGAGCUCGAGUCGCCACCGCUGUCCUGCUCACCGCUGCGGUGCUUUUACUUCUCCUAGCCGUACUCAUCCUGAUUUCAAAGAGGGCACGUGGCAGUGGGACUUUGGCCGACGAGGAGAAAGGAGGCGAUCUUUCUCCUCCGUGGGAGGUGACGCUGUACCAGAAGCUCGACAUUGCCGUUGCUGACGUGGCGAGGAGCUUGACUGCCGGAAAUGUGGUAGGCAACGGGUGGUCAGGGCUCGUGUACCGGGUCCACAACCCGGUAACGGGAUCCGUAAUUGCAGUGAAGUGGUUUCGGGUUCUCGGCAAUAUGGGGAUCGUCGCAUUUGAAUCCGAGAUUGGGACGCUGUCCCGGAUUCGACACCGGAAUAUCGUCAGACUGCUGGGGUGGGCAGCGAAUCAUAAGACCAGGCUUCUGUUCUAUGAUUAUAUGCCUAACGGAUCAUUAGGGGGCUUAUUGCAUAAUGCCGGAUCUCCGGCAGUGGAGUGGGAGGUGAGGUUGGGGAUUGCUAUUGGGGUUGCAGAGGGUCUGGCGUAUUUGCACCAUGAUUGCGUGCCUGGGAUAAUUCAUAGAGACGUGAAGGCUGAUAAUGUUCUGCUCGGCGACCGGUAUGAAGCUUGCUUGGCAGAUUUCGGGUUGGCGAGGGUGGUGGACGAUGAGGAGGCCAGGGAUUCGUCGGCCCCGCCUUUUGCCGGUUCAUACGGUUACAUUGCUCCUGAAUAUGGAUGCAUGACGAGAAUAACCAAAAAGAGCGACGUCUACAGCUUCGGAGUUCUCCUACUGGAAAUCAUAACAGGUCGCAAGCCCGCAACAGACCCAUCAUACCCAGAAGGACAGAGUGUGGUACACUGGGUCCGAGACCACCUCAGACUGAAGCGAGAUCCUUCGCAGGUGGUCGACCCUAGACUUCAGGGUCGCCCAGAUGCUCAAAUACAAGAAAUGCUUCAAGCUCUAGGCAUUGCCCUGCUCUGUUCAAGCAAUCGUCCUGAUGAUAGACCUACAAUGAAAGAUGUCGCUGCACUUCUAAGAGAAAUCCAUCAUAUUGACUCUCCAUCCGCGUCGUCUAAAACUGGUAACGGAGAUGUGCAGAAACCGUUAUCUUCCUCCGGAGUCAAUGGUUCCCCGCAUUGUUUGUCAUUGGCUUACUCGACUUCAGCGAGUGAAAACUUCAAAUGAUGGGGGGUAUUUUGGUCGUUGUAUAUAUGCGAUGCUGUAUUCCUAUGACUCAAAUAUAUGAGAAGGGAAGAACACCUGAGGUUGACAUAUGCAUGUGGGAGGAUUGAGUAUCCCAAAAGCAAAAAAUGAGAUGUGGGGACGAACGAGCUGAUGAUUGAAACAGGGGAAGAGAAUCAGGAGAUUAUAUACGGAGGUUGCGAAUCGAGUUGUCAGUGAUUUUGUUAGGAGGAUAAGAAAGGGGAGGCAGGAGAGAAAGGGAGGAGGGUGUUAGCAGCAUUCCACAAACAGCGAAGGGGAUAUAGAGCCCACAGCUUAGUGAUGGUUGUUCCAUAUAAUUGUACAAUUAUUGAUGAAGGUUCAAGAAUGAUGAUAGCUUUUGUAGGGCAAGGUUGAAUUGAGUAUAAACCUUAAUGAAGUGAAGAUUUCGGUGUCA